GGCUGUCUAAGAAACCCUCCCUACUGACUCAUCAAGGCCAUAUCCUGGAUCCUGGAAAGAGCCUCACCCUGCAGUGUUGCUCUGACAUCAAAUAUGACAGAUUUGCUCUGUACAAAUUGGGGGGAGCUGACUUCAUCCAGCAAGAUGGCCAGUUGACUCAGUCUGGUCUCUCCAUGGCCAACUUCACACUGGGCUCUGUGAGCAGCUCUACUGGAGGCCGGUACAGAUGCUAUGGUGCUCACAAUGUCUCCUCUGAGUGGUCAGCAUCCAGUGACCCCCUGGACAUCCUGAUCUCAGGACAGUUUCAGGUCCGCCCUUCCCUCUCAGUGAAGCCUAACUCCACGGUACACUCUGGAGACAACGUGAACCUGUUGUGUAAGACAGCAUACAAAGCGGACACUUUCAUUCUGUCCAAGGAGGGAGCAGCACACCCACGCCAGAGACUAAAACCAAAGUUCCAGUUUGGGGAGUUCCAGGCAGAAUUCACCAUGAGUGCUGUGACCUCUGACCUCUCGGGCACCUACAGGUGCUAUAGUUCUCAAGACUCAUCUCUCUACCUGUUGUCAUAUGCCAGUGCCCCUGUGGAGCUCACUGUCUCAGGUGAAGUGACCCUGAACAGUCGCUGUAAUUCAUAAUCCAAACCUGA